AUUUAAAGAGUGAGGAAUACAAUUGUAUAUUAUCAUAAAACAUUUGUUUAUGUAGACAUAUACAGGACAUGUUAUAUAUAAUUAAGAAGAUUUUUUUAUGAUUAUUUUUGUAAAUAUUGUCUGCAAUGGGAGAAGUGAGUGUAUGCUUUCAAAUAGACACUGAUAAUCGUGAAAAUUUUCCAUCGGGACUUGCAUUUCAUACUUUUCGAAAACAAAGGGAUACAUUUUAUGAAAUUUUGAGAAUAUGGGAGCAAAACCAUUUGGUACCAGGAUGGGCUUUCCAGGUAGCCUUAGGAGGGAAGAUACGAACAAUGCUCACGCUACAUAGUGACGCUACCAAUUAUUCUCACUUUGCAAGAUUAUUUAAGUCUCAACUCCUUAUUUCAUGUAUACAAAAAGGGCAACAAGAAGAUAUAGUUGAUGAUGAUAAUAUAAGUAUUCUUAAAACAUUAAAACAUGUUAAUCCACAAAAGUUGACACAGCUUAGGAAAAGAUUGGUUACUCCUUUAUCAUCCCAAAAUAAUGUUUAUGGUCCAUCUUUCCCUGGUACUCAAGAAUUUUUUAGAGAUUUCAUAUUACAUGCAUUUAAUCCAAUAUUUUAUACACAUUUAGAAAAUUGUUUAGUACAUGAAAUUACAGAAUUAAAUAAGACUCAAUUUAUUGGCAGUGAAAUAGAGGAUUCAGAAACAAUAGUGGAUGAGCAAACACAACGUACUUUUAUCACUUGUGUAUUAAGUUUAAGACUACUUGCAAAAAUGUUGGGAUUACUUGUAUCUUUACCAUAUAGAUUAGAAUCAGGAGCUAGUAAAGAGAUCAUAACAUCACAAAUUGAGAUUAGAAGUAGUGUUGUACCAUCGUUAAAUUUACAAAUUUGCCUUCAAAAUGCAAUAAAAGAAGGAAAAAUGUCUUUAAGUAUACCUUGGAUAGUGAAGUACCUAGCAAUGAUGGAUAUUGUGUCUCUUCGAUUACCAUACUACAAACCAGUCUUAGAAUUACUAUAUUAUAUCUAUAGAAGUGUCAGUACUUACGAUUUUACUUCUUCUGAUAGUCUUAUGUCUCAACAAACUGCUCUUUUACUUAAGUCUACAUUGAAUUGGUUUUUCGAAUUACCAAAUUUUCCUAAAGAUUUUUGUUUAACUUGGCAAGAAAUAUAUCAAACAAAAGAAUUAAAAACUCGGAGACAGUUUGAUAAAAUGUUAGCACAGACAUAUGAUGUAUUAUCUGUAGAACCUGUUGUUUCUGUUACUCCUACUAAAUAUUGUUUAGAUAAAUUAGAUAUAAUAGAUGAUGCAGUUCUUUGUAAAUGCUGUCCUAUAACUGAUUUAAAACUACAUACUAUGCCAACAAAAAAUAUAAAACAUAAUACACGAGGUCCAAAUAAACACAUAACGCCUGUUUCUAGUCAACUUCAUAAAUUUGGCACUAAUAGUAGCAAACAUUUAGAGUUGCAGUUAGAGGAAGCUUUUUUUCAUGGUCAACCUGCUUCAACUCGGAAAACCGUUGAUUUUGUCUCUGAGAGAGUUGCAUCCACUUGUGUAAAGCAUAUUUGUAAUACAUUAUUGGCAACUGCAAGAGAAACAAAUUUAGAUGCUUUUAGAGAACUUAUGAAAAAAAAGUACAAAGAAAGGUAUAAAGAAACACAAACUAUAACAAAUGGUAAUACAGAUAUUAGUGAGUUCAAGUCCUCAUUAGUAAACGAAAUGACUUUGUUAGCUGCUGCUGCUUCUAAAAAUUUGAAGGAACAGUGUGAAAGAAGCAUUCCUCAGCUCUGUGAAAAUCGAAUUGUAAAAUCUAUUGAAUCGCUUUUAGCAGAAGAUUCUUUAUUGCCUGUUAAAGAAAUGUGUAUAAAAAUAGCAAUCAGAAUAGCCAUAGAACGUAUAAACCAGUGGAUACAGUCUCAUAUUGUUGGUGGCUCAUUGUUUACUAAAGAUAUGGAGUUAGAAAUUAAUAGGUUUUUAAGAAAUAAUAAUACCGUAUCUUUAAUGCAAGAGAAAGUUCAUAAUUCAGCAGCUCCUGCUCCAUGUUAUGUCAUAGAUGAAAUUAGAUCACUGAUAUGGGACAUUAUAGAUAAUAAUGGAAAAAAUUUAACUAUAACUUCAGUGACACUUAUUUUAAAUAAAUUGUAUCAAACUUUAAAUGAAAGAGCUGAUCUGGUGACAGGACCAGAGAAAAUCUUGUAUUUAUUGAGUGUUGAUUUUUCUUUGUUUUUGGUUGCACAUAGAAUGGAUCUAUUUACACAGGAUAUUCAAAAACUGAUAAUUAAAAUAUGGACUAUAAACAAUUUUAAGAUAUUUGAAGCAGAUACUCCUAUGUUGAGAUUGUUGAGCCCAAGGAAUGUUAUGUUACUUGCACAACCACAAACUGAUGAAAGCUGGUUGAUGUGCGGAAGAUUUCUGAGAAGAUUAUUGGAGGAAAGUGUCCUUGAUAUAGAAUUUUUGAGUGAUCAGUAUGUGGCAUUAUUUAGGCACGAUUGGCCUGUACCUAUAUUAAAACAAUUAUCAAUGUGCCUUAAUGAAAGUAUUGCGGGUUAUAAAUCGACAGAUGAGAAAACAGAGAAAGUUAGAUAUUUGCUUGGGUGGAUAGCAGAGACCUGUCGUGAAAUAGAAAUUGGUGAUGAUUUCUUGUAGAUUAAUUCUUUCAAUAUAUUCUAUUGAUAUAUUUUAAAUUCUGAUCUGUUAAGAAUUUUUGUAAACUAUAUGAAUUUUAUAAGUGUACAUUGUUUAUUCUCAUGACAACAGGAGAAAACUAUACUACUGUUUAUUUUAUUUUUAUGAGAAGAAUAUCUCUCAGUUUGUAUGUAUACUUGUUGUAAAUCGAUUUCUCAGAAAAUUAAUUCUUCUAUUUGAAAUGGCUGUAUAUUAUUGCACCAUCAUCUAUUUUAUAAACAAAGUUAUGCUACGUAUUUUAAAAUAAAAAUGUUAUAUUUUUCUUUUA